GUCCUUGACAGACAUAUAGUGAUUUGAGAUUUCAAGAGCACAGCUGACCUAGACAUACUUCAGAGACAAAGGAAGACUCCGAAACAGGAAGUUUAUGGACCCAGAUGAACGGAUAAAUCACCUUCUUGAGUUCGAAAAAGUCACUUUAAAUUCUCAUUUUUUUCUUGAUUUGUUUUUGUUAGCCUGUAAAAUUGUUCUCAGUCAAAGCCAAAGAAAGGUGUCACAAACAUCAAGGUCAACUGCCGAAGUACGGGAUUGACAAGUGAAGGACGACUGACUGCCAUGCGAGAGGAACAGUCUUGUGGUGAUUUUCCCGAGGGUGGAGUCCUACCCUGUGAAGAGGAGCAAGAACGUUGGCCCAACAAGUGCCCUGUCGUUGUUGCACCACCAACGGGUGCUCGAAAGCGGAUAACAGGUCCCAAAAAAGAGCCUGGAGGGCCACUACCACAUGAGGAUAAACCUUCUCCUGAGGGCCCGUCCACACUCGCUCCCUGUGGCCCCAAGCGACCCAAGAGAAGCUCUCCAUCUUCUUCAUCAACAUCAUCCUCUUCGUUAGUGCCCACUGCGAGUGCAGUGUCACCUCUACCCGGUCAACCUUUCGAAGACCUGCAUACGCAACGAGUUAUCGCCAACGUCCGAGAACGCCAGCGCACACAGUCCCUAAAUGACGCUUUCGCCUCGCUGCGGAAGAUAAUUCCCACUUUGCCCUCGGACAAAUUAAGCAAGAUCCAGAUCCUAAAACUGGCUUCACGAUACAUCGACUUCCUCUACCAGGUGCUUCAAAGCGAUGAGAUGGACGCCAAGCUGGCCAGCUGUAACUACCUGGCCCACGAGAGGCUGAGCUACGCCUUCUCCGUAUGGAGGAUGGAAGGCGCUUGGUCCAUGUCCGCUACCCACUAGAUGUCUACCAGUUCCUAACCCUAUACCUACCAACCCUCCGACCAGCCUCUGAACUCUGAACCUGCAUUCUUCCAGAGAGAAACUGACUCUGAAUUUUAAAGUCUAUCGCUGCCUCUCUACUAGCCACAGCCUAAUUUCAACAGCUCUUUGACCCUUGCUGCCAUGACCUGACCCUGCUUAAAGCUGAUCUCUGCCCUUCCAACACUGAUAUUUUCUCUUUUUCUCAGCACAACCCUCUACAGAUCUCUUCCAGAAAAUGCAAGUGACCAACUCAAGAGGUAUCCAACCCACCCGGGGUAUGAUACAUUGUCUGCUAUGAUAACAGCAUAUGCCUGCCUAAAGCUAUCAGAUUAUGUUUACAGUUAAAAAGCAGCUACACUCUGUCUUCCAGCUGUGUUCUGUGAGGAUACUUCUCUCCACUUCUCCACUAAGCACACAGAUGAUGUUGGACCCCAAAACCUCAUUACCUGCAGAGAGGGGCUGCCACUCAAAUACACUAAAAUACACAGUGAUGGAUGGUGAAGACAUCAUAGAGGAUUGUGCAGAUAUUCUAGUGAAGACUUCAGUUUAGUUUAGCCUUCAUUACAUCUAUUUUGUGUUUUAAUAGGACGUUGUUCUUCCUUGAACGAUUGGUUGUCAGUAUGGAAGAAAAACACUAUCUAUAUAAAAGAUAAAAGAAUGUACACGUUUCUAUCCCAGUCUUAAUGUGUGGAGCAAUAUAUGGGUUUGCUAUUUCAUUUGCAUAUGCAUUUAUUAACUCUGUCACAUUGUGUAUUUGUUGAUGUAUUUAUUAAUGAUUUAUGCAGUUUGGAUUAUUUAAUCACAAUAAUUAGUGUAUUUAACCAAUGAUUGCUGUAAAAGCAUUGUUAUUUUAUCUACAAUUUUUCAUUUAAAUAGAAAAUAAAAGUCCUUUUUGACACACAUGCCUUGCUUUUAUUAAUGUGUUUGUUUGUUUGUUUGUUUGAUUAUAUUUAAUGUAAAACCAUAAUUAAGGCUAUAAUAUUUUAUAGGAGCAGAUAUAUAGAGGGGAAGAAAAAAACCUCAUUGCAUCAAAAAGGUUCUUUAUAGCACUUUUGAGGUUCUAAAUGGCACUUUCAAAGAAGGUUCUUUAUGGAACCCUUAAAAAGGGUUCUAUUUAGCACCAAAAAGCCGAAGAACCCUUAUUUGGUAUUAUUUAGAACCAUUUUUCUUAAGAGUGUAGCGCGACAUUAUAAAAUUUGAAGGCCUUAUCUAAAAAUACAGUAAAAGGUUACAGAAAUUUAUCUUUUGAGGUUCCUGGAGAUGGUGGGGGAUUUUAAUACAAGUUAAGCUCAAUCAACAGCAUUUUUGGCAUAAUGUUGAUUACAACAAAAAAUAAUAAUUUCGGCUCGUUUCUCAUUUAAUUGAAUAAAGCGGUUAUAGUAAGGCACUGGAAGUGAAUGGGGCUAGUCCAUAAACAUUAAAAUACACAUAGUUUCAAAAGUAUAGCUACAAGAUCUAAACAUUUUUUUAUUUUUUUACAUGAUUUUAGUGAAAAUCGCUUACUAACCUCAUCUGUGAAAAGUUAUAUCCAAUACCAGAGUUUCAUUGUCAUGGCAGCAUAGUUGUAAUAUUGGAUAUAACUUUACCUGGUAAUGCUAAUAAGGCUAGUAAGAGAUUUUAUCACACUAAAAUCAUGUAACACAUAUAAUGUUUACAUUUUGUGGCCAUACUUUUGAAGUAAGGUGUAUUUCAUUGUUUAGGGAUGGCCCCAUCCAUUGUAAGUUACAUACUGUAACUGCAAUUUUCUUUUUUCUUUUUUUCUUCUUUUUUUUUUUUCUUUUUUUUACCAAUAUGCAAUUGUUACCAUUUUUUGAUUCAAUCAAAAGGGCAUUUUCAUGUAACAAUAAACAAUUUAAUUCCUUACAGGUUUGGUUGGAAUGUGUAAAAGUAUGUAUGUUUAUGAAAGCAAUGUAACUACGACCCUUUGUAAGAAUUUAUUUUAGGUUGUGGUUCGAUUUGGACUAGUCAUAUCCACCACAUGCUGUAUAACUUCAGCAUUGUCCUUAAUUUAUAAGAGAUGACUAAAUGUGUUUGCGGGUGCUCAUGGAAUGAUUUGUUCAUUUUAGGCUGCGAUGACAUGUAAAUUCCAGCAGGGUGACUGGGCAAUUUAAAUAAGGAUAUAAAGAAGAAGAAGAAGCAGAAGAAAAAACAAAACAAAAAACAACAAAAAACAACAACUAAUCAAAUUGCACCAAUCCAAGCAUUAACUACUUCUUUAUACCUUAAUUCACUUCCUUCCUCUUUUGGCUUGUCAUAAGGUUUUUUACAACCUCUUCAAUGCUUAAUAUUACCUCAUACUUUUCUUUGUCUCUUUUUACGUACACAACUGGAUUGUAUGACAUUAAUAAAGACACAUUAUGCCUGCAAGCCCUACUACAGUACAUAAAGUGGGGUCCAAAAAUCUGAGACCACUAGUGAAAUACUUUUAGUUUUCAUUUGCCAUAAUUAAUACAAAAUAUUUGAUAUUUUCAGUAUCACAAUUUGAGUGAAAAUUAAAAUGAAUUUCAGAAUUUCUUAGUAUGUGGUAUGUCCAUGUCAUGUACUUGAACUGGACAAGUACAUAGUACAAAAAGUACCAAAAAAUAAAAUAAAUAAAUAAAAAAGACAAUGAAAUCUGACCCCAAGGAAUAAACAUGUCAUAAAAUUUGACUUCUAUAUUUUUAAAAUAGUGUAGAAUAUUGAAUAUUUCCUACUUAAUUUUACAGCAUAACAAUUGUCUUACAUAUGUCACAAUUCAUAAAUUAUGUUGAUGUUCAGGUUUAAAUUAGGGUUUGAAUGCAAACUUUUAUACUACACUGUACUGAAUAUAUUGUAAAAUCCAUACAAAUUACCACCAAUUACUAUAACUGUGAAUAGUGUUUUUGAAGAAAUUUUGAUUUUAAAGACACAUUUUAACCACUUCUGCCUCUUCUG